GGGGGACUGCGUCGAGCAUCAUAGCGGAAGUAGGCGCUAGGGCGCGCCGUUGCUAGAGCUUCGGCCCGGGGACGGCUCCAGCUCCCAGCUCGGCGGCCGGGCCUGAGGAUGGCGUCGCUGGGGCUGAGCGAGCGGGAGCAAGCCGGCUGCCGCCAGAUACUGGAGUUGCUCGAGACCGAGGAGCUGCUGGCGCUGACGGACACCGUCACUAAUCGCCUGGUACAUCCGGAGAACCGCCAAGGUGUGCGGAUUCCCUUGCGGCGGGCAGCCUUCCGCCCGGUCGCGCCCAUCUCGGAGCGGGGAAGCGGGCGCCUGCCCUCGUGCCUGAGCGCGGCGGAGGGGUUGCGGUCCCCGGGCCCGUGCGUUCCCCAUGGCCUCUGGUCGGCGGCGGCACCCGACACAGCGGCGAAGGCGGAACGGGACCGGGCCUUGCGGAACGCGGCUGCCGCUGGUUCGGUUCGAUCGCCUCCUGGGCUGCAUCCGUGCCAGCAGCACCGGCGUUCGUUCACCUGCAGAGGCCAUUCAGGCCAUCUUGGUUUACAGCCAAAGUGCAGAAGAACUUUUGAAACGAAGAAAAGUAUAUCGAGAAAUAAUUUUUAAGUAUUUGUCAGGACAAGGAAUUGCAGUGCCUCCUUCCUCCGAGAAACAUCAACUCAUUGCCUGUGUAAGGGAGUACUGGGACAGGAAGCUCACAUCACGUGUCUCACAGUCGGGGGAGAGAACAACACAUGCAGAGGGUCAUGAAAAGAGGCAGAAGUCCCAGGAUGAUGUUCAUAAUCUAGGAGGAGAAUUCUGCCAAUGGUACUUUGAACUCCUGAAUUCUCAGCAUCCUCUGGGAGUAAAAUCUGAAGAAACUUGGGGACCGCAGCAUUUCUGGGAGAAUGCCAAAAUGAAGUUCUGUUACAACACAGUAGAAAAAAAUGUGGAAGAUUAUGAUGGUGCGGAAAUGGUGAGCCUUCGUCUGCUCUCGCUGGUUAAAGAAGAAUAUCUUUUAUUCAACCCUAACUUGACUGCUGAUGGACUGAAAUGUGCCAUGUCUCGACAUGGGUUAGUACUGGUGGCAGUGGCCGGCACAGUACAUAGAGGCAACAUAUGUUUGGGUAUCUUUGAACAAAUUUUUGGACUCAUUAGGUGUCCUGUUAGAGGGAAUACCUGGAAAAUAAAAAUUGUGGAUCUUAAAAUAGUUGGACAGGAUGCUCUGGAGCCUGGAAUCCAGAUCGAGAAACCCUCCAUCAAAUACGAGUCAAAUCAACUGCAAGAGUGGUACGAUGGGAGAGAACUGGCAGUGCUCGAACCUCACAAAUACUGAGCAAUGCUUUCAAGAUAGAGUGACCAAUGGUGGGGGAAAAACCUGUACAGCACUUAUAGUGCUUAGUUGAGGAUUGAAAUGGUUGAAGCAAUGUGAUUUUGUCUCUUUCUUGAAUCAGAUUUGCUGGAUGACAAAUGGAAAUGCAGAGUCUAAAGUAUUCAUACAGGUGAUGGUUUGGAGUACCUUUCUGACAGCUAACAAACAUUUAAACAUAUCACUGUAGAGUUUGUAACUAUAGUUGGGAAUGGAGUUACUUAAAGAAUGCAGGUACAUUUGAUUAUGGGAAGUUUUAUGUCAAGUUGGAUGACCUUGAGAUCACAAGCUGCGAGUUGCUUCUUUUUGAGAAACCAUUUUAAAUUCCUGAGUUAUAAGAGAACAUCCUUGCUUCUGGCUUUCUGAAAUUGAGACUGGUGAAUGUCCGAAUGGUCUUUUAAAAGUCCCAAGAAAGCCAUCUGCUGAUUUGGGAAUUGUUGGAGGGAACGGGCAGAGUGAAGCAAAUGGAGAUGCUGCCUAUUCAUUCUGAAUGUGAUUUCUCCUCUAGCCAGUAGUAGCAGUUUACUGGGACAGUGCAGAGGUUAGCAGAGGUUGAAUUUUGUAUCUUUAUUUUCGUUCACUUUACAGUUCCAUCGUUGAGAUGGUUUGCAGGUAUCUGUUUCUAGCACUUGGAUCAAAUGGUUGAUUUUAUGACUUGCAGACUUAGUGUCUGAAGCAAAUGCUUUGAUAAUUAUUUUGCAUAUACUUGCAACAGAGUUUCUAAUAUAAUAAUUGUAAUUUUUAUAUGUUUUCUCAAAAUUGGAAUUUCUGUCUACUCCUAGCUGCUUUAUUAUAUUGUCCAGACAAUGGGAGUUCACAAGUGGUGAUAUAAAAUAAAUAAAGAAUCUAAAUACUGCUGAAA